GGACUUUCUCCUCAGCCCACGAACCGAGAACUCCCCGACUGCAGCUGCUUCGACGAGUUUCUUUCGGGUGGAAGGAAGGAGAAGCUGAAACAGCCCCGACAGCGAUGGAGACGGACAUACUGAAGCACAUCUGCGCCAAUCAAGGAGCAGUAGAUGCGAACGAUUUAAUGUUCAAUCUCUUCCCGGGCGAGUCCACGAACGAAGUCAUUAACAACCAGGAGAAGUUCCUUUUAUGUGACGCGGGUGGUCAGCAGAAAGUGGUGGCCAGGACCGGAGCGAAGCUGUGCAGAGCCAAAAGCUGUCCGGGCUCCUGCACCGGGCUGCACCUCUGCAGAAACUUCCUCUUCACCGGGUCGUGUCAGGGCCAGCAGGGAAGAGUCUGCCAUUUGACCCACAGUCUGUUGACCAGCCACAACCAACAGGUACUGAUGGAACAUGAGCUGGAGAGUCUGAGCAGAGCGGAGCUGUGUACGCUUCUGCUGCAGAACGACAACACACUCCUGCCUUCUAUAUGCCAUGACUAUAAUAACGGUGUUGGAGUGUUGGGUCGGUGUGAGAAAGCCUUUGCUUGUGACAGACUUCACAUAUGUGAGAAGUACUUGAGCCAAGACUGUUCCUGCAAUAAGACCCACGACUUUUAUGCUGCCCAGCCAUUAAAAAGUCUGUCUGCUAAAGGGGUGCCCGUCGCCCUCAUUCUCUCCUUGAGGUUCAUUUAUGCAAAUAAAGCGGCUUUGAGAUACUUUAACAAAAGAAACGACGGUAGUUCUGCAGACGCUGGAAGCAGAGAUUUGAAUUUAGACCAGAGGCAGCAGUACCGAGGGAGAGGUGGCUACCGGGGCAACAGAGGCAGGGGGGGACAUGUAGGAAACCCCCCGCCGCAGCAAUCAAUCCCUUCCCUUAUUGACAACUUUUCUUUCUUUGAUGAGUUCGCUCCGUACAAAGAUGGACUGAAUCUGCAGAAAGAACUUAACUCGUCCAACAGUGACGUCUCUUCUGUUGGCAACGACACAGAUGCUAAAAGCAACGGUGGUUUGACUUGGUACCGAGGGCGGGGGAGAGGUGGUAACAGAGGCAAGAGGGGUAACAGAGGCAAGAGGGGACGAGAAAGAAACCCUCCACAGCUGCGUUCGACCUCUUCCUUUACUGACGACUUUGAUGACUUGGAUCUGUACAGCGAAGACAGACCGACUGAAGGUGACGGUUGUGGGCAAGAAUGUGCUUCUGCCGACGUCUUCGUGGUUGGCGAUGACUACGACACGAGCAGCAACGGUGGUCAGAGCAGACAAUGGGCGAAUAAGCAAACUUCUGCCGUCAGAGGACGAGGAGCCAAACGAGGCAACAAUCAGCGGCUCCCUGGGACCCGUUCCACCAACAAUACUUCUGCUGCUGCCAGGGGUGGAGAUGAGCCGAAUAAAACCCAAAGGCUUAAAGAUAAAACUGAGAUAUGCAUGUACUUCAUUAAAGGAUACUGUAAGCACGACGAUCAAUGUUUCAAAGCUCACGACAAGAUGCCGUACAGAUGGCAGGUCCUGAUAGUUGAUCAGUGGACCAACAUGUCUAGAAAUGAGACGAUUGAGAAGGACUACUGCGACCCCAACAAAACAUCCAGUCACGGCACCUACCCACCUGUGCAUUUCGACACGAUGACCAGCGAAGGAAACAAAGUCAGGAGACUGUCGACGCUGAACUCUCUGGUUAAGCCGGACUUCAUCCAUACCACAGAGUGGCUCUGGUACUGGCAGGACGAUUCUGGAAAGUGGCAUCUGUUCGGCUCAGAUAGCGGCGGCCACAGAUCGUGUGAUCUCAACAGCACCACGUUGGAGCGGAAGUUCCUGGACAACAAGAAGGACGUGGUGGAGUUCACCGCCGGCUCCCAGUUCUACUCGCUCAGUUUUCAGGACAUGAUCCAAACAAAUCAACAAUACGGCACAAAGAGGCUCGUCAGCAGACGACCUCGGUUCGUCUCCUUUGAAGACACCAAGAAAGUGAGAAAGAUCCCAAAUUCCACCGUGGUGCCGGACUCCUGGGACAAGACCCAAAUCCCUCAAACGGGCUUCUUGAGAGUCGCCGUUCAGCGGACUUCAGAUGAAUUUAAAAAGGCUGAAGCUCUUUUCUCGUCAACUAUGAAAGGCUUUGAAAUCGUUGGGAUCGAGAGGAUUCAGAACAAAGCGCUCUGGGAAGGUUUUCAACUGCAGAAGAAAGUGAUGAAGGACAACAACGGCGGAGGAGACGUGACGGAAAAACAACUCUUUCAUGGGACCGACUCUAAAUACGUGGACGCCAUCUGUCGCGAGAACUUCGACUGGAGGAUCUGUGGGAUUCACGGGACCGUGUUUGGCAAAGGUAGUUACUUCGCCCGGGAUGCCUCAUACUCCAACUGUUAUACUGAUUCCACCGGUGUCAGAAACAUGUUCAUCGCACGGGUGCUGGUGGGAAGCUACACGAAAGGGAAGCCCGAAUACGUCCGGGCUCCACCCAAGGGUGGCGGAGACAUAAAGUCAUACGACAGCUGCGUGAACGACGUCACGGACCCCUCUGUCUUUGUCGUGUUUAAGGAUCACCAGAUUUAUCCCGAGUACCUGCUGCAGUACAAAACCGCUGACGUGACCAGUACGCCGGUGCAGAAACCAAAACCAAUUAUAAAACCAGUGCAACCACUGAUUACAAAAACCACCAUCUCGACUCAGUUCAACACUUAUCAACCCAGCACGUCAUCGUACCAGGCCAGUACGUCAUCGUAUCAACCCAGUACAUCAUCGUACAAACCCAGUACAUCCAGUACGUCAUUGUACAAACCCAGUACGUCAUCGUAUCAACCCAGCACAUUGGCAUAUCAGUCUAGCACGUCGUCGUACAACUCUAGCACAUCACCCAGUACUUUGUCCAGAUCCACUACGUCCUCUUCCCAGUACCAAACCAGGUCAAAUCCACAACUCACCAAAUCGUCUAAUUCAAGUUUGCCAAACAAACCAAAAAAAAAUUCUGACUCGUGCGUCAUAGUUUAA